UCUGUGUUGGCAGUAAAUUUCAGAAAGCAGCCUAUGAAAGUACAAGCAAUAAUAAGUUUAAUAUAUGAGUGUGUGUACUGGUGUGUACAGAAGCGUUGAUACAUUGUUGUGAAAAAAUGUUGUCAACAACACCGAAGGAUUCAGAGAUGAAAGAUGGAGAGAAUAAAACUAUGAUUAAAAUCGUAGAACGUCCGACGUUUAUAUUGAAAACUCGAGAAGGAGAAAAUAGAGCAGUUUCUCCGAGUCAACGUAAUGGACACAAGAAGGAUAUGGAUGCAACAACAACAAAAUCACAAGAAACAAUUCGUAUACUUUCUACAUAUCCUGAGAUGAUCAGUUGUAUUAAAUUCAUGGAUGAAAACAUGCAGCUAUGUGAAAAUCCAAUAGAAUAUCUAUAUGAUCAACAAGACUUUCUUGUUGUUGGGUGCUUAGGUACACAAAGUGUUGGCAAAUCAACAAUCAUGUCCCUAUUAACAUCUGAAUAUGCGCCGGACAUUUUUCCAAUUCAAGAAUCGUCACAUCACGAGAAUGCUACAAAUUGCACCACGGGGAUAGAUAUAUUUGUAACAAAAAAUAGAGUAAUAUAUCUGGAUACACAGCCAAUUCUUUCCAUAUCUGCAUUUGAUAAUUCUGCGUCAUCUUUCGAUCAAAAAAAGAACACAUCUGAUUUUACAAAUACUGAAACUAACUUGGAAUUGCAGUCACUCCAGUUUAUGGCAUUUCUGUUCUCAGUAUGUCAUGUUAUAAUAUUUGUACAAGAUUGGUUCGGCGAUCCAAAUUUGGUGAGAUUUUUACAAACGGCAGAAAUGUUAAAACCAUCCUCAACAACCACCAUGGAUCAAGAUUAUGUAGAAUAUUAUCCGCAUCUUGUAUUUUUACACAAUAAGGCAGAACCACAAGAUUUUAUGCCCACAUCUAUUAAAAGAAUUAAGGAUUUUUAUAAUAAAACGUUUUCUAGUUCAAGAUUACAGACUCAUAGUGGUAUAGAUAUGAGUCAGGAUUCGACGGAAAAUGGUUUAAACUUAUUUUUGAUACCAUCAAAUUUGAAUAGGAACAAAGAAGAAGACAUAUUUUUUGGUGAAAGUGAAAAAUCGCUCAUAAACAAAUUACGACAAAAGAUACACGGAGUAACUAGAAACCCAAUGACACCAUCUGUAUUAACGGAGAAAAACUGGUAUCAUUAUGUUUCAAAAGUCAUGGAGGCAAUAAAAAAGAGCCAUUUGUCUUCUGAAUAUGGAAGAUUGAUGCCUUAAACUUAAAGGAACAAUGUAAUAAAACAAAAAUAUACGAUUUAUUUGCUUUA